AUGAGCGUGGCAGCAAGAGUCGCCCAGGAGGUGGGGUGCAAGCUGGGGCACGAGGUGGGCUACUCCAUCCGAUUCGAGGACUGCACGUCCGACAAGACCGUGCUCAAAUACAUGACCGACGGCAUGCUCCUCCGCGAGUUUCUCGGCGAGCCCGACCUCGCGAGCUACUCUGUCAUGAUGGUGGACGAGGCGCACGAGAGGACGCUUCACACGGACGUGCUGUUCGGGCUUGUGAAGGACAUAGCGCGGUUCAGGCCCGAUCUGAAGCUGCUGAUUUCGAGCGCCACGCUCGACGCGGAGAAGUUCAGCGAGUAUUUCGACUUUGCGCCGAUCUUCCGGAUUCCCGGGCGGAGGUAUCCCGUGGAUAUACACUACACUAAGGCGCCUGAGGCGGAUUAUCUAGAUGCCGCGGUGGUAACCGUGUUACAGAUCCAUGUAACGCAGCCGGCAGGGGAUGUGUUGGUGUUCCUGACAGGGCAGGAGGAGAUUGAGGCGGCAGAGGAGAUUUUAAGGCACAGAACCAAGGGCGAAUCAGCGGGCGGGGCGGGGGGUAGAACUUCCCCCGGGAAAUGCUUCCGGCUGUACACAGCGUGGUCGUAUGCGAAUGAGUUGGAGGACAAUACGGUGCCGGAGAUCCAGAGGACGAACCUCGGGAAUGUCGUGCUCAUGCUGAAGUCUCUUGGGAUUAACGACUUGCUGAAUUUCGAUUUUAUGGACCCGCCCCCUGCGGAGACGCUGCUGCGGGCGCUGGAGAUGCUGUAUGCGCUGGGGGCGCUGAAUGACCGCGGGGAGCUGACCAAGCUCGGGAGGAAGAUGGCGGAGUUUCCGCUGGAUCCGCAGAUGUCGAAGCUUCUUGUGGCUUCCGAUAAGUACCUUUGUUCCGAGGAAGCAGCCACGAUAUGCGCCAUGCUAUCGGUGGGCAAUGCGGUGUUCUACCGGCCAAAGGACAAGCAGGUGCAUGCAGACAACGCGCGCCAUGAACUUCCACACGGGCAACGUGGGCGACCAUAUCGCGCUGUUACGCGUGCUACGAGCAGUGGUCAGAGACCAGCUUCUCGUCUCAGUUCUGCUACGAGAAUACAUUCAGGUGGCGUGCGGAUGAUGGGAGGAAUCAACAAUUCUCAGGUGCGCAGCAUGAAGAUGGCUUGUGACGUGCGAAGCAUGAAGAUGGCUCGGGACGUGCGCGAUCAGUUGAUGGGGCUGUUGGAGCGAGUGGAGAUUGAACCCAGCAGCAGCAGUGGGGAUCUGGAUGCCAUCAAGAAGGCCAUCACCGCUGGCUACUUCUACCACACGGCUCGCCUGCAGAAGAACCGCACGUAUCGCACGGUGAAGAACCCCCAAACCGUGCACAUCCACCCGAGCUCGGGGCUGGCGCAGGUGCUGCCGCGGUGGGUGGUAUACCAUGAGCUGGUGUAUACGAGCAAGGAGUUCAUGCGGGCAAUGGGAGAGGAGUGGGUGGUGGUAUACCAUGAGCUGGUGUAUACGAGCAAGGAGUUCAUGCGGCAGGUCGUGGAGAUCAAGCCUGAAUGGCUGGUGGAGAUUGCACCGCACUACUACAAGCUGAAGGACGUGGAAGAUUCCGGGACACACAAGAUGCCCAAGGUGGUUGGCAAGGCGGCCGAGAAGUAG